AUGUUUCUAAAAUCCUCUGUAAUUUCGAUGGACAAUGCAAAGUCGGAGAGCUCAAGCGACUCUUUCUUACCUCUCAAGAAACGCAUGAGACCUUUUGAGGAAGAACCUGACAAUGCCCUAAUUGCGACAGCGACAAAGAAGGUUGCGUAUUCAGGCAAUGCAAGAUACAAAGGUGUGGUUCAGCAACAGAACGGUCAUUGGGGGGCUCAGAUUUACGCAGACCACAAAAGGAUUUGGCUUGGCACUUUCAAAUCCGCUGCUGAAGCAGCCACAGCUUACGAUAGCGCCUCCAUCAAGCUACGAGGCUUGGACGCUAACGCGCACCGGAACUUCCCUUGGUCUGAUUUAACGGUCCACGAACCGGAGUUUCAAGAAGAACACACAACAGAAGCUGUGUUGAACAUGAUCAGAGAUGGCUCUUACCAACAAAAGUUCAGAGAAUCUCUCAGCAAACGUUCUCAGAUGGUCGCGAUGAUCAACACCGUGGGAUCAGAACAGAGCAGAAGAGACCAAGAAUCUGACAACAAGUGCUUCUCUUGCAAGCAGCUUUUUCAGAAGAAAUUAACACCAAGCGAUGUAGGGAAACUAAACAGGCUUGUGAUACCUAAGAAGUGUGCAGUGAAGUAUUUACCUUUCCUAAGCGUUGUUCAAAACGAGAGAGAAGAGGGAGAAAUAGCAGAAGACGUGGAGGUUGUGUUUUAUGACAGAGGAAUGAGACCAUGGAAGUUUAGGUAUUGUUACUGGAGAAGUAGCCAGAGCUUUGUCUUCACCAGAGGAUGGAACGGUUUCGUCAAGGAGAAGAAUCUCAAGGAAAACGAUGUUAUCGUCUUCUACGAGUACGAUGUUUCUAGCAAUGUCAAGACAUUAGAUGGUCAAAGCAAGAAAUUCUGGAUGAUCGAUAUUCAUAUAUUUUCAGGCGACGAGGAAGUAAACGAGACUGUUCAUAACAGUUCUGUGAAAGAACUAAAAACAGAAAACUUCUUUAGCUCGAAAUUAGAAGGUGAAGAAACCAAAGCAGAGGAGAAGAAAGGAGGGUUUAAGCUAUUUGGUGUUAUGAUCCAUUAA